AUGGCAAGUGUUUAUGAUCUCUCCUGUUGCACCAGUCUGCCGCUAGAAUGGAUGUACGAUAAAGACGACGAUGGAGAUUUGACCGUUCCACACAAGGAACUCGACAAGCCAGACUCAAGUUCGACGUUGACACCAGAAGCGGCCGUGGAGGCCAGGAGACGCGAGAAAGAGGAAAAUGAAGCGUUGGGGUGGACUCUGGAUGCAGCGGCCAGGGGAGUGGCAAUAAUGGGAACGGCAGUAUUUGUGAGCUCGGAACUUUUACGAUUGGCAAAGAAUGCGGCCGGUUGUGGUGGUGAGGAUGCCAACGAAAGCGGUGAGAGAUGCGAAAACCGAGUCUAUGGGAUGAAGCCAACGUCCCUGCUGACCAACAUUAUGACGAUUGUGGGCCUGAUAUCAGCCUUCCUGAUGCCGCUAAUGGGGUCCGUCAUUGACCAUACAUCCUACAGAAGACAAGUUGGGAGGGUAUCCGCUGCUCUAAUGACGAUAUUCAUCCUCCUGCAGAUGCUGUUGCUGCCCAAUCAUUGGUUUCUUGCCUCCAUCAUGCAAGUACUGGUGGCAUUCUCCUAUUUGGUGCAUUUGACCGUUGUCUAUGCCUAUCUGCCAGAACUGACCACCAGCGCCGAGCGCUUGUCAAAUUACACAGCCAAGUUCACAGCUGCUCAGUACUCAUCUAGUGUACUGUUCCUUGUGCUCAUGGUCAUCAUCCUGAGUGCAGCACCAAACAAUCUACUGGAACGGUAUGCCUCGGUGGACUUUUCCCAAUCCGUCAUUGUCUGUAUCUGUGCGGUAUUCAUGGGGUAUGCAUGGACCUUUCUCUUUCGGAAACGACCAGCAUCCCAACACGUCCCGGAAGGAAGCACUCCGCUGACAGCGGGAUUUUACAAGAUCUUCCAAACAUCACAGACGAUUAUGCUGCACCACAGUGCCAUCAAAUGGUUCCUGAUAUCCGUAGUCUUUACAGAAGCCGCUACCUAUACCUUCUCCACAAUAGCUAUUACAUACAUGACGGAUCAACUGAACUUUACCUCCAGGGAAAAUGGUAUCUGCAUCUUAAUCUUGCUCUUGUUCGGGGUACCAGGAACUCGCUUGGCAGCAUGGACCAAUAGGAUCAAUCCAAUACGAAGCCUUCAAGCAUGUCUCUUGCUGUGGAUAGCCACCACGACUCUGGCAGCCAUCUUUCUGAAGGAUCCUGGGCAACAGCACUAUGCCUACGUCUUUGCCAUCUUUUGGGGUCUCUGCUUGGGCUGGAUCCAUCCAACCGAGAAAACCUUGUAUUGCACCAUAAUACCAAGAGGGCAAGAGGCAGAGCUCAUGGGCACCUACAUUUGUGCGGGCCAAAUCCUUUCGUGGAUGCCGUCACUGGUGUUUAGCGUCAUGAACGAGGCUGACAUUUCCAUGAGAAUAGGUCUCUUCUCUCUGACGUUCUACUGCAUUGCCAGCUUUUUCAUUCUCUUUUUGGUGGGAGAUUACGAAGAGGCCGUGUCACACGCCCGCGACUUUGACCAUACCAAACCAUCGAAAGACGACAGUAGUAGCGACGACGAUCCCUACGAAGGUCACAGACGGCAACGGCAGCCGGAAGCAGACUUUGUGAUAAUAAGCGACUACGAAGAAGCUGUGGCCCAUAUGCGGUCGCUGUCCAUUGCCGACGACAGCGAAGCUUCGUCAGCUUAUGUCCCGCAAUGCUGA